AUGGCUCAAGGUACUGCAUCGGGUCUCCCCUGUGCCGAGAGUUGGACCCUAAGCAGCGAAUCUGGCGAUGAGUACUUGAUACAAAUUGGCUAUCCUCGCAACUGGACGGCUGAAUCAGCGAACUCCGAUGACCACACUGUUCCGGUGAUUUAUCUUACCGAUGGAAACUCUGUCUUUCUCACAGCACUUGAAGCCCUCCACCGCUGGCUCUCCCUCCGCCCGCCCGGCGCGCCAUCCAGCGGCGUUGUCGUGGCCAUAGGCUACCCCCUUCAUGAUGACAGCCCGUUCUUGUUCAAUGGCCGCCGGUCGAAGGACCUGACGCCUCCAUUGCCUGGCGCUGGAGAGACAGAAGGCGGCGCCGACCAGUUCCUGGAUUUCAUCGAGCAGCGUGUCCGUCCAUUCGUCAGCCAGAGACCCCAGCAUUUGGUGGAAUAA